AUGGCCCUAAACAACAAUCUAAACUUGUUAUUCAUCCUCCUCUUCUUCUCCUCCCUCCUCCUCCCCAACCAUCUAGCACAAUCCCCGCGGCCGGCCCCCGGCUCGUCCCAAGGGCCAGCGCCAGGGCCAUCGUUAUAUGACGACGAGCCGGCACCAUGGCCAUCGUUAUUUGACGACGAGCCGGCGCCAGGGCCAUCGCUAUUCGACGACAUAGACUACCAAAUCGACACUCAAAAUCCCUCCAUCUCGCUACCCCCGACGUCCUCAGAAGCCCCGUCCAUCGCUCCAAGCAACGAGUACGAUCUGUCGCCAUCCAACGCCCCGUCAGACGACGAUCCCGCCGAUCCAGCAUUGGAGAAAAUCUGCGAGUCGACCGACCACCCCGCCCUUUGCCUGUCCACGGUGGCGCCGUACCUAGACGGGGAAACGGACAUCCAGUCCGUCCUCGACGUGGCCAUUCAGGCCGGGGCCGUGUUCUCCAGAUACGGCCAGGAAACUGCGCAGAAGCUCGCUAUGAACCCGGGGAACCCUCCCCAGCACUCGUCCGUGCUCAGCGACUGCAGGGACGGGUUUGAGACCGCGGCCGAGAACUACGGGAAGGCCGCGGACGCGCUCGCAGCUCAAGACAAGAGCACGGUGAACAGCAUGCUGAGUGCCGUGAUAACAUACAUCGGAGACUGCCAGGAUACGAUCUCCACGGAUUCACCAUUGCACAGCCUUACGGAUAAGCUCAUCAACAUGACUAGCAAUUGCCUAGCAAUUAGCUCCAUCAUCAACUGA